AUGGCCGCGUCCGCGUCCCUGCCCGGCCGGAAGUCGCGCUCCCCAGGCCCGCCCCGGCCGGAAGCGGGCGCCGCGAGAGGCGGGGCCGUGGCGGAGGUGCGGCCCCCGGGGGCCGCGGGCUCGCGCCGGGGCCGGGGCCGGGGCCAGGGGCCGGGCUCGCGGCGGGCCCCCACCUGGGAGAUCUCCGACUCGGACGCCGAGGCCGCGGAGGCCCCGGCGGGAGCGCGGAGGGCCGCCGCCCGGGUCCCACGUCCCGAACGAGUCCUUCGGAGCCUGGUGGUGUGCGUGGACCCAGCCGUCCUGGAAGACGCCGGCGCCGACGUCCUGCUGGCGGCCCUGGGCGCGCUGGGCUGCGAGUGCCGCAUCGAGCCGCAGCGCCCGGCCCGCAGCCUGCAGUGGAGGCGCGGGGCCCCCGGCCCCCGAGCCGUGCGUGUCGCCGGCCGAGCGGUGCCUUCUGAGCUGCCAGCCGAGGACGCGCCGGACCUGCUGCUGCUGCUGCUGGAGCCCCACGAGUUCCUGCUGGGCGCUGCCCAGCUGACACAGGCCUCAGGCCUCCCUUCCUCCGUGCCCUGGAUUUCUCCUGAGAGCCCCAGCCGCCCCCACCUGGCUGUCAUCGGCCUGGACGCCUACCUGUGGUCUCAGCAUCCAAGCACCCAGCCAGAGGAUCCACCGGAGGCCCAGCAGGAAGCAGCCACCGGCUGGCCCAAGGUGGAAGAGGCCCUCGUGCUCCUCCAACUCCUGGCCGACAUGGACGUGCUGCUGGUGGACUCGUGGCAGGAGCUGAGUCAGCACGUGUGUGCACUCACGAAGGCCCUGGCCCAGCGCCCCUGCAAGCAGCAUCGGGACACCCACACCUUUGCCUUCUGCACAGCAGGGCGCUGGGCCUCUGGCCAACGAGUGGCCAGAGAUGGCUCGGGACUCCGGGGAGUGUGGUGGAGGCAAAUCAAGCAGUUUAAUCGCGUCAGCCCGGCUGUAGCUGAGGCCAUAGUUGCUGCCUUCCCCUCCCCCCGCCUUCUGCAGGAGGCCCUCUCUGCCUGCAGCACGGAGCAAGAGCGCCGGGGCCUCUUGGCCAACCUCCCUGUGAAUGUCCAGGGCGGGCGACCCCGCAGGGUGGGCCCGGACCUCUCCCGCCGCAUCUGCCUCUUCCUCAGCACCACCAACCCCGACCUCCUGUUGGACCUGGGAUCUUGACCUUGCCUGCGGGUCCCUGCAGCAUGCAGAACAACACGGCACAUGUACACGCACGCACCACACAACACACGUGUUCUCACACACCCCAGGCUCUGGGAUGGACCAGCGAGUCAGCGGAGAGCAGACCCUGUCAGGCAGGUGGGCGAGGCCCCGCACACUUCCGUAGUCUGCC